CCAACAUCCGCGCCUGCGCCUCCACCAGCGCCACCACAAGGGAACUGGACAUGCGGCGUGUGCGGCUUCGCGAACCCCAAUGUGGGCGGGAGCGUGCCGCCCGGCGCGAAGUGCGCGCUCUGCGGCGUAGCGUAUGCCAUGAGCAAGGGAAUGAGCCUCCCGCCCAGCCGGACGACCACGCCCGCGCCCAAAGCACCGACGCCCGCGUCCGCCCCCACCUCUCCCGUGUCCGCGUCCCCCGCGCCGGUCUUGGCGCCGACUGCCCAGAUCGCAUGUACGGCAUGUACCUUCCUCAACCACCCGUCGCUGUCGGCCUGCGAGAUCUGUGGCACCUCCCUCCCCAAGAAAGCGAAGGACGGGGAGGCGCCGAGCUCAAGCACGAGCACGGCCGCAGCCGCGCGCACCGAAACGGUGCGCUUCAGCUUCCGGCGCGGCGGAGAGCGCGAAGCUUACCGGCGAUUGAAAGGCGUGCUGAGUGACAAAGUGUGGGAGCGGGCGGGCAUCAGCGCGGUUCGCGACACGCGCGGCGGCGGGGGCGGCAUCGACGCAAUCCUGAAGAGCAUCAGUCUGGAGGGACAAGCGAACGACGCGCACAUGCAAGACGCAUUCCGCGACCUCGAAGUACUGAUGGUGCGGGCGGGCGAGAUGGUGCGGCUCGCGCAGAGCCUCAACGCAAAGCUCACCGCCGCGGGCGCAAAGGACGACGCGGAGGCCACUCUCGUGCGCUCCUCGCUCGUCCGGCUCGGCCUGCCCGCCCCCGCGCUCACGCAAGACAUGGUGCGCGACGAGCGCGCAUACUUCGACGGGCUGGCGCGCGAGCUCGGCGCCCUCCUGACCGGCGCGGGCGGCGCCGUCGGCCUAAUGCUGCAGCCCGGACACGGCGUGAUUGCGCUCGACACGGUAUGGGGCUUGUGGAUGCGCGCGCGCGGCGUCGCCCUCCUGCCCCCCGCGACGCUCAUGUCCGUCCUCCCCUUGUUGCCGGCACACACGGCGCCGCCGAUCCGGCGCCUCGACCUCCCCUCGGGGCUGACGGUGCUCAGCACGCCGGGCUACGCGCCGGGGGUGUUGCUCGCGCGGCUGCGCGAGCGCAUGGCGCCGGGCGCGGCGGCGCCGCGCACAGAAGAAGAGGUGGAGAACGAGCACGGGCUCGGCAUCAUCGAUAUUGCCGCGGCUGAGGGGCUGCCAAUCGGCCUCGCGACAGAACUCGUCGACAUGGUCGCGGCGCUGCCGGACAGCAUCGUGCGCGACGACCAAGCAGGGCCUGGCGGGAGUAAGUGGUACCGCGACAUUAUUAGU